AGGAUUAUAAUAAAAGGGAGGUGUUGUUUUGAUUUUUCAUUAUAAGAAUCAAGUUAUUAUUCAAGCUGAUUUUACUUACAUUUUAUGGUCUCAGAAAAUGGGAAUGGAUUGCUCAGAAGAAUACAUUAGGAUGGAGAUGGAAUGUGAACCAAAGAAAUCAUUUCGGAGAGGUCGUCCAUGUACCAGACAAACUGGGAUACUUGUGCUUCUAGGAACAGUCUGCAUGAUUAUUUUCAUGGUCAUGGCUUUUGUCUUCUGUGGUGCCCUAGAAAAUAAGGUUGCAGAGAUGCAGACCUUAGUUUCAAGCCUGAGUUCAUAUUUUAACACAUCUGGAGCAAGUAACCCAAUGACUAGGGAACUGCAAGAAAAGAAAUUGUCUAAUAUCGAGACCUUGAUGACUGAUCUUGCCUCCUCACUGAGUUCACUCACAUCCAAACAAGAAGAAAUCCUGCAAAGGUUGGAGCGCCAGCAGAAUGUGUCACACACUGAAGUCAAGAGUUUGAUGGGCAGUUUGAGUUCUUCAGUAUCGGCUCUUAGGGAUAAACUGACAGAGCACAGCUCAAAUUCAUCUGUUUUUUCUCUACAGUCUUUUCAACAUACACAAUUUAUUUUGAUGGACAUUUCAAGGACACUGAUGGGCCUGAGUCAUUUCAUGGGGGACACGAGAUCAUCUAUUCAGUUACUUUCUUAUAAACUAUCAUUUACCAACUUGCUUACAUCAGGCUGUAUUGAAUCCGAUUGGAUCCCGUUCAGAAACAGCUGUUACCUGUUCUCACAGAAUGUAAUGAACUGGACCAAAGCAAAAGAUUACUGCCAAAACCAGGGUGCAUUACUCUUAAAAAUAGAAGAUGCCUCUGAGAAGGAGUGGCAAUUUGUUACCAAUAUGGCUAAACCACAUUCAUACUGGAUUGGUCUUACGGACCAGAACACAGGGCAGUGGAGAUGGGCGGAUGACACUCCUUACACCAUGAAUAAAGAACAAUGGAGUCCUGGGCAGCCGGAUGACUGGACCCAUCAUGGACUGGGAGAGGAAGGAGAGGACUGUGGGCACAUUACAGUAUAUGGGCUGUUAAAUGAUGCCCACUGCUCUUACCAAAUGAAGUAUAUAUGUAAAAUGAAAAAAAAUGUGCCUUAAAGUGUGGUCAGCCCUGAAUGAAUAAAAGCACUGUCCACGGACAAGUCUAGAUAGAUUUAAUUUGGAGUAUUUUACAUUUUUUGUGUGCAGUGGGGGAGUACUGUGCAGAAAUUGUUAACUUUUGGUUUAAAUUACAAAUCAAAUUAAUGUGUUUGGUGUAGUUAAUACAGGGUUUCUCCAGAGUCUUUAAAAUCAAAUUUUAGACUUUUUAAGAGUUGACAAAUGAAAUUAAUACUGCAUGACUUUAUUGAAGUGAACAAACCCAAACAAUCACAAAAUAAAUCAGGAAUCUCAAAUUCUUUUACUUAAUUAAUCAGGCUUUGGCAUACAGUACUGCAAACAAGAGGAACUGUGAGUUUAGGUAGUCAAAAGCAGUUCAAUAUUUACAUUAGAAUUGGUUUAAGUUCUCAUGUAUUAAUACACAUUAAGAAGAGUUCCAAUGAUAUUGCUAUUCACUGAUACAAUAAUGUGCUUUUUAAGAAAAGCAAUAAAAAUGAUUGCGCAUAUAUUAAUAAAAUCUAUAUAUUGAAUGUGUUAAAUCAUCUUUCCAGUGACCCAGAAAGAAGCCACACGAGUUUAUGCUGAUAUAAAUGCCUGACACUGUUUAUUGUGUAAUACCAAAUACCAAUAAUGGCUAAGGGGGGAAAGCAUUGUAGACUUUUAUCAUAAACAAGCCUGAAAUAACAAUAAACAAAAUUAACAAAUGGUCUAACUCUCACAUGCUCUUUAAAACAUUCCCUAGCUCCGUUGUCCUCCUUCUCCCCCGUUUUCAUCAACUCUAACAGCUGACUACUUUGCCAUGUUCUUCAUUAAUAAAAUAAAAAACAUCAGUGCACAAUUUUCCACCCCACAAUCUGUCAAGCACAUUUUAUCAGCAAACAUACACUCAUUCACAUCCUUCUCUUCACUCUGAGGCAGAAGUCUCCCCAAACUCAUCCUUUCUAAUCAUCCUACUACUUGUUCGCGUGAUCCUAUUCCAUCUCAUCUCCUUCAAGCCAUUUCUCCUGCAGUUGUACCUGCACUCAAUCAGAUCAUAAACACAUCCCUCCACACUGGUGUUUUUCCCUCAUCAUUUAGACAGGCUCGUAUAACCCCACUACUUAAGAAACCCAACCUCAA